UUGAAGGACUGCCCUAUAAAUUGAUUAAACCCUCUUCAUCUCUUGAUUGCCGUACUCCCUCGCCUCAUAAAUUUUCAAGAGGGAUCCGGGAAUCUACUCUGCAACCAUGUUGGUUUACACCGAUCUUCUCUCCGGUGAUGAGCUUCUCUCGGAUUCGUUUCCAUACAAAGAAAUCGAGAAUGGAAUGAUCUGGGAAGUCGAUGGAAAGUGGGUCGUUCAAGGAGCAGUUGAUGUGGACAUCGGUGCCAACCCUUCUGCUGAAGGUGCUGGCGAGGAUGAAGGUGUUGAUGAUCAGGCAGUGAAGGUCGUCGACAUUGUCGAUACCUUCAGGCUUCAGGAGCAACCUCCCUUGGACAAGAAGUUGUUCAUUGCAUACAUCAAGAAAUACAUCAAAUUGGUGACACCUAAACUGGAAGGGGAGAAACAAGAGGCAUUCAAGAAGAACAUUGAGGGAGCAACCAAAUAUCUACUUGCAAAGCUCAAGGACUUGCAAUUCUUCGUCGGGGAGAGUAUGCAUGACGAUAGCUCUAUGGUAUUUGCAUACUACAAGGAAGGAGCCACUGACCCAACAUUUUUAUACCUCGCCCCAGGUUUGAAGGAAGUCAAGUGCUGAAAAGAACAAAAGUUCAUAGCAGAAUGCUUCAUAUAGCAUUGUUAGUUUCUACUAUUUUUGCCUGUUCUCAUGACAUUUGAAUUUGAAUGGUUUGGGCUGUUUUCUUUUUUGUUUUGGUUUAGUUUGGGUUUCUUUGUUUUGACUGAGAGCUUUUGUCCUGGUGAAUGCGAAAGUUUACUCUAUUUAUAUGCCCAAGAA